AUGACCUCGACGGCAACAGGAUCGCGCGGGAAGUCGGCCGGGGACGAUGCCGAGAUCGAGCUUGGUGCUAUGAAUGGCUCUGAACCUGGCGCUGAAUCGGAAUCGUCGCGGUCUCGCCUUCUGAGUGGGGAUUCUACAGCAGCGGCACGCAACCUGUUGUACUCGGCUCACGAUGCAACAGGCAAGUCAGGGGCUGUAGCUGCUGUCUUGAGUUACUGUGUAGCAAGUAUCUCCAUGACGGUGAUCAACAAGUUCGCCGUGUCAGGCGAAAAGUUUACCAUGAAUCUGCUGGUCCUCUUAUGUCAGUGCACGGUCGGUGUGAUCAUGGUGUGGACCGCUAAGAUGAUGGGCUGGAUCCAGAUUCGUGCCUUGAAUAUGAAAGACAUCAAGACAUGGUUCCCUAUAUCGACUAUGCUUGUGUUUGUGAUCUGGACAGGCAGCAAGGCCUUGCAAUUCAUGGACAUCCCAAUUUACACAAUUUUCAAGAACCUGACGAUUAUCUUGAUUGCCUAUGGUGAAGUGAUUUGGUUCGAAGGCCGAAUUACGCCUAUGGUGUUUGCCUCCUUCGUCCUUAUGGUGAUGUCGUCUGUCAUUGCUGCGUGGCCUGAUCUGAUGCCCGACUCGCCAACGGCGUCGCUGGUUCGUCGUGCCACCAAUGAGAUCGGAAUGUACACGGGUAUUGGCACAGACGCUGGCGCUUCGGUACCUGGCUCAGCCAUGCCAGUCACCUCGGCGCCUAUUCAAGGCGCCAUUCCGUCCGAUGGCUUGAGUCACAGUGGCUACUUUUGGAUGUUACUGAACUGCUUGGUUAGUGCUACAUAUGUCCUAGUUAUGCGGAAACGCAUCAAAAUCACCGGGUUUAAGGACUGGGACACGAUGUUCUUCAACAAUUUACUCAGUAUUCCUGUUCUCUUCUUCAUGUCUCUGCUUGUGGAAAACUGGAGUGCAGAGACCUUCUCACGGAACUUCCCCAAGGAGCGCCGCUCCUCGUUGAUUCUGGCGAUUUUGCUGUCUGGCACAGGCGGUGUAUUUAUCAGCUACACGACAGCUUGGUGCAUCCGUGUCACAAGCAGUACCACGUACAGCAUGGUGGGUGCUUUGAAUAAACUGCCUUUGGCCUUGAGUGGUAUCUUGUUCUUCGGCAACGCAGUUACACCCUACAAUUCGUUGGGCAUUGCGGUGGGCUUUGUGGCAGGCAUUGUAUAUGCAGUUGGGAAGAACAAGCAAGCGGAAGCUGCUCGUUUGGCCAACUCUGCCGCCACUGGCUCUAGCGUGCCUAGCUCACGCUUAACAUCAGGCGGUGGCCAUAUCUCAGACCCCAAGGGUGAAAUUCCUACGCAUGUGCACGAGCGACGGGAUUAA